UUUUAUCAAUUAGUUUAAACACGAUAACGUUAUCUUACGAUAAAUAUUUCAAGAAAAUUUAUUGGCUGCGACGCGAUAGCAAUUAUUUUUGUGCUGCAGAGCCGAGCGCAUCGCUAACGAUCACCGUAAAAAAGCGAAAAUUCAAAAAAAGUGGGGCAAUGAACCCCGCCAAAGAAGUUGUCACGAAGGAAAAUUCGCCCGAGACGCCCUCCGAGGUAAAUAAUGACAUUUAUUACUUUAUCUGGAAUUGCGAUAGCCAAAAAUUAGUGUCGGCAAGUAUUCGAGACGAGCAGGAUUGGAUUUCGGCGAGCGAUGAUUUCACCUCGGCAGCGGAUCUCAUGGAUAUUGUCGAUGAUACGCGAUGUUUUGCGGAAGGAAAUGCACGGCGUGACUCACGAAACUACUCGAAAGUCGUGAUUUUUUACAACAACGAGAAUUCUCAUGAUAAUCGAAUAUUUUAUCGGGGCACGGAGCAUGCCACGCAUAAUGUGAGGAAGAAAAUUUACUCGAAUGAGUCUUUGUUCCGUCCCGGAAGUGAUAAGAGAAAGAGAUUAGAUAGGGAAAUGCUGCCGAACUCGGUGAAAGAAUUUCUCGCGACGAUUCGAGAUAACGAAGAUGAGGAUGAAGUGAUUUUACACGAUGAACCAAUAUACCCGCCAUCGAUUGUUGUCACAGAAGAAGUCUCCGAGCCAGAUAAAUCCACAGAAAAUGAAGCCAAAGAAACCCAUCAUUCUCACAAAUUCAUCAAAAACACAGAAAAACCGCCAAAAAGUGACAAAACCAAAAAACGAUUUGAAUUUCCAAGUGAAUUUCCGGAAAAAAUGCCAAAAGACAAGCUGAAACGCGGUUCACGGAUAAAAAUUAAAGAAAAAUCAGACAUUUCGCUCAAGCCAAAGAGAACGGGAUCGUUCAACGAUCGACACACUUUUGUGCAAGAACGAACGAGUUUGCGACAUGCCAAAAGUACGAGUAAUUUGGCGGAUCUCGUGGAAGCCGAUUCACCCAAAAGUAUUGGAUUUUUUGUGAAAUUUAAAAAUUUGUUUAAAAAGAGAGAUCAUACAGUGGCUCUCGGGCCUGGCCCGGAAGAUAAUAAAUUAUUUGGGAAUUCGUUGGAGAAACUUCGAAUGAGUGAGUUGAAUGUGCCAACUUUUGUCGUGACUUGCGUCGAAGAGUUGGAAAAGAGGGAAGUUAUUGAGACAAUGGGACUUUAUCGAGCGUCAGGGAAUAAAACGACGAUGGAUGAAUUGAGAAAAAAGAUCGACAACAAGAGCAGCAAAUCAGAAAAACGUUACGAUUGCCUAAUGGAUCAAGAACCCAACACUCUAACGGGAUUACUGAAGCAAUUUUUCCGAGAACUGACUCCCGGACUCAUCAAUCCCGAAAUUGCCAACGAAUGCGUUGAAAAUCCAAGUGAUAUUGCUCAUCUACGACAACAAAUUAAUACUCUGGGCGUCUACGAGAAAGCAACGUUGAAAUAUUUAAUUAAACAUCUCACGCAUGUAAACGAGUAUCGAGAAGCAAAUUUAAUGGAUUCGAACAAUUUAUCGAUUGUGUGGGGCCCGUGUUUAUUCAAAGCAGCCCAUUCUGUGGAUGCGAUGCAUUCGGGGAAAAUUUCGAGUAUUAAUCGCGUCGUAAAAACGAUGAUAGAUCAUUAUGAGGAAAUAUUUGAAGAAAAAUAAAAUUUUU